AGCAGCUGGUAAACUUGUUGUUAAAAACAGCUGUUGCUAAGUCAAGUUUAUUUAUUUUUUUAUCGAUUUAAAACUCAUAAACAAGCCAUGAAGCUCAUCGCUGUGUAUAUAUUGAAAGAUGAAGAUAAUUUCAAAAGGUAAUUUUGGCUGACGAUAUUAUGAGGCUGCCAGCACCGUUACGAAGAUUCCUUGCUGAAUCAGAAGAUGAGGUCUACUUUCUUAUCCGCCUGUUGAUAUUCACCGUCAAUGUCAUUGCGUGGAUAUUUUCGAUUUUCUUCAUAUGCAUUGGAAUAUGGAUUCUUCAGGAGAAAAAUAAUCUGGGUGUUGACAAUUUGAGUUCAGACCCGGCCGCAGUGCUGAUUGCGAUUGGUACCAUAUUGUUCCUCAUCACCUUCACCGGUUGUAUCGGCACUUUGAGAGAGAAUUUGUUUCUUUUGAAAGUGUACUUGGGAAUGAUUGUAGUCCUGUUUAUAAUUGAAAUUGUGACGGGUCUGGUUGCAUUUCUAUAUGCCAACAAGGUAAUGGUUACUACAGUACAAAGUAUUAUGGAGUACCAUGAUGAUCCUGACUCAAAAUUCCUGAUGGACGAAUUGCAGAAGAAAUUUGAAUGUUGUGGGGCCUAUUCCUUCAAUGACUGGGAGCACAAUGCUUAUUUCCAGUGCUCAUCUGAAGAUGUCCUGGCUUGCGGAGUCCCGUUCUCUUGCUGCAUAACUGUGGGGAAAAACAGUCAAUGUGGUUUUGGAAUCAGAAAAAAAGAUGAAAUUGAGGCAAAGCAUGUUGUGUACACAGAUGGUUGUAUUACCAAGCUAAAAUGGUGGAUUAAUGAUUAUCUGCACAUCAUUGGAGCACUUGGCUUCGCUUUUGCCUGUGUACAGCUUUUCCUAAUUCUGAUUGUGAACAAACUUAUAAUGGAUCUUGAAGAGAUAUCAAAGACAACUGGUCAUAAAAACGAGCUCACGAAUUCGAAUGAAAUAACUAGUGGAGUCUAGCUGGAAAUUCUUUUCAGCCCGACAAAACUUUGUCAUCAGAUCCGGCGACAUCCAAGCCCAAGGUACGAAGCGUUGUGUGCCGAAAAUGUAGUUUUAAUGAUUGUGAUGAUUCCCCAGCUUGGUCCAAACACGGUGAUAAUGCUGAAAACCUACGCGAUGUUUUCUCUGUUGGUAUAUUUGUUCGACGGUCCUACUAAUAACCGACAACAACCGACAACAAGCUAAAAAUUACCGACAGAAAGCUUAUUAUCAUCGACAACGAUGAAAUAGACGCUAAUAAAGGAUCUCUUCGACUAUAUUGGUAAAAAACACGAAUUUCCCGUCCAAAAUUCCCGUCUUGUUUUUGUAUGCUUCCACUGAGAUGAUUCCUGGCUGGUUUCCUAAACGCCAAAUUGGCGUUUUUCAACCUGGUUUUGCCAACCUAAUUUGCUAUUUAUAAUCGUGCUUUUUAGUCAGAGAAAUAAUGAACAAUUAGGAACCAAUUGAUAGCACGAUUAACACUAUCUGAAAACGACUUCAUUCAAUCAAAAAAGAAUCGUAAAACUAGCAAAAUCUUGUGAAAAUGAAACGACAAAGACUUUCUUUCUGACUUUCAAGUUUGAAGCCAUAUAAGCCUACAUUUACAAAGAGUUGGCAUUCGCUUCGCUGACAAACACUUUGCUAACGUUACUCAGAUCUUUGGUAAACUUUCUGCCAUAUUUUUUUUGGCAAUUUAUCCAAGAAAUACUCUUCCAAGAUGGCGGCCGGGUUAUUAACAUUCACUAAACAUUGGUAAAGUCCGAACAUUCAAAGAUUGAUUUUGAGAAAUAUGGUUGAACUGCAUUCAUUGAUUUCCUUCCUGUGGGUCUUGCAAGAAACUGAGCCAAUAAUCGAUUAAAUCGUCGUUUGCCGCAAGAUAUAUUAUAUAAUAUAAACUAGCUUUAAGUCUUAAGAUAAAUAAAAAUAUGUAACAUGAUUUUGUAAUAUAUAGAUGUUAAAAUUCUUUC